AUGACGAGCACCGCGGACGUGAUUAUCUUGUCCUCGUCUCCGAGUGCUUCGCCGCAUAUCCUCACGAGACUCGCCAAAAACGUGCAGAGACAGUCUGAGUUAUGUCCAGAAGUUGCGACAACCGAGCCUCUCCCAUCGCCAUCCGAGCUGUUCCUCCCUCCCUCCCGCUCUCGAUUCUUCGACGUGCCCGCAAGGAAGGACGACGCGUCCAAGAAGAAACGCUCCACAACCAAAAAGACAGCCCCUUCGGAUGACAAAGAGAAGGAUGCUCCAAGUAAAACGCGACAGAAGGCGAAGAAGGUUACCAAGGAGCCAACGCAGAACGGCCUGGACGACCUAGAACCCCAAACCCUUGAUCCCAAGAAGAACGAUGUGAAGAAGACUGCGGGGUCCCAGAAAAGUCGCGCGAAGCCGAAAGCGAAAAAAGAGACGGGAAAUCUGAAACUAGCUGGCAAGGUAACCAAGGCGAGCAAGAGCAACGAUACCCAAGCGAAGACUGCCAAGACUACGAAGGCCGGACAGAAGACAGCAGCGGUACAAGAUCCUCCUGUCGAGUCAACAGAACCUUCUGAGUCAACGAAACCAUCUAAGACAUCUAAUGCUCUGGGAAAAGAUGAGGUUCUGCAACUGGGUGAGGCCACGAGAAGACGCAGGGACUGGACACCACCGAAAGAGACACCUCCGCAGCUGAUCACCACAAUGGAUAAUGGGACCACUUCUGAUGAAACCCAUGAACCGAGCGCAAAGAGUAGAUUCGGUGGUAUUCUCACGGACUACAACUACUCCGGGUCGAGUUCGGAUUCCCGAGAAGUUAGUGCAAAUGAGGGCGGACCAACAAAACGAAGAAGGAUCGACCUCGUGGACCCUCAAUGCAACCCAUUGCAUGGCCGAAAUUCGAAAGAAGACUCUGUUGUUCAAGGAGAUACACCAUCGUCAAUCUCAUCAUCGGGCCGGCAAGCGAAGCGGAAACCAAAAACUCAGAAGCGCUUCACAACUCUGACGGCUCGCAUGACAGCCCAGUAUACAUCGAAUGAUGUAGAGGAAGAUACCCAAGCAGACGAUAUCACGCAAUACAUCACCAAACCAAAGCCUCGGGGGAACAAGAGCAGAUCAAACGAUAAGGAUCCGGAAUUGAUUGUACUUUCUCCAGAGGCAGCUUUCAAGGUGUUGGAUCAACAAGAUGUUGUCUUUGGUACUUGCAGCCAGCUCGAAAGAGACGACUCUCCGGAGACCUUACGAGAAAUGCAGCGGGCCAUUCGUGCGUCAGAGAGCCUGGCAUUUGGGGAACGAGGAACCGGUUAUACUUCGGGCGUUGAACAAACUGCAAGGAGCGAGUCCACAUCAAGUUCCAUGUCUCGAUUCACAGGCGUAAGAAAUCUAUGGAGCGUUGCAGGUCGAGACACGGCAGGGUCUUUGGUUCAGGCGGGAAGUGUGGAGAAGGUUGAUCUAACAGAUGCGCCCCAUGUCAGCAAGCCGAAAGAUGCGCCUACAAGACACCCAAGACUAGAUGUCUCCGACGAUGAGUGGUUGGAUCUUGAGUAUGGAAAGCCUGGUGAUUCACGGGACGAGACUUCAUCUUCCACAAAAGCUUUGCAACAACCAGCCGAGCCCAACCCUCCAACUCCCGCCGUACUUGCACCGCCUGUACCUGAUACCCAGCCGGCAGCGAAUAAAAGCCAUCACACGGCUGAGGUUUCGCAGCCGGCCCCAAUGCCACAGUACAAUGGAUUCACAGACGCGGAGCUCUCAAGGCAAGUUGCUUCAUAUGGGUUUAAGUCUGUUAAAGGACGCAAGAAGAUGAUCGACUUGCUUCAAAAGUGCUGGGAAUCGAAGCAUGGCAAGGCUGACCAACGUGUUGGUGUCUCCUCCCAGCCCCCUUCAGCAGCACAGGCCGAUAAUAUAACCACUGCUCCUGCUACAAAACCUCCGAGCCCCAAUCCCAAGACCAAGGGAAAGACGAAACCUAAAAAGACUGCAUCAAUGGCCACGCCAACGGAGCCUGCUACGCGGACGGAGACUGUGGCAAAGACCACUCCCAAAAAGAACCAGCAACGAUCCUCCAAGGUUGGACACCCUCCGCCAUCCUCAUACAUACAUAUCGAAGAGAUCCAAGAUUCGGAGGAAGAGGUCUUUCUCUCGCCGAGCCAGGUACAAAAGCGGUAUACCGAGAUCUUUUCCAACACCGCUACAUCAGUCCGAGCCCCUGUUUUGCAAAUCCUGACCAAGGAUCGGCCACAAACACCCACCAAGCGCAAGGCAACUGCCUUCAAGACUUCACGCAGUACAAAGUCAACGUCAUCCACAACUGCCACCAAGGUGGAUAAAACACCAUCCGUCGAGCGUGGUAGCCAGCUAGACAUAUCCAUCCAGAUCACCAAGGCCGUUCGUGCGCAGCCCCAGCUUUCGAUGUCCACCAGCCGAAGUCGGCCAAGCUGGCAUGAGAAGAUCCUCAUGUACGACCCCAUCGUCCUCGAGGACUUCACAUCAUGGUUGAAUGUCGAAGGACUUGGCCUUAUUGGCGAGGACCGGGAGGUUGGUACCGCGGCUGUGCGGGAAUGGUGCGAGGGCAAGGGGAUUUGUUGCUGUUGGAAGAAGAAUGCAAGUUGGUGA